AUGGGCGUCCGAGAGGGGCAAUCACGAGCCAAAGGACGGUUUUUGCACUUCAACAUGGGCUUGCUCCCGGGCCCAGGUGAUCGUGUGCACACUUGCCCACUCGCCUCCUCAUGCUGUGUUCAUUCAGUCCUCUUCACCUUUUCCAGUCGACCUCGGACUCUACCCUUUUGUCUCCAGGUGGUGACCUCUACCCGAGGGAUUUAUCAAGACUUCGCAGGUCUGAAAUCUGGCAUUUCAGGCCUCGCUACCACUCACACACUCUCCAGCCGCCUGGCCGCUAACCAGCCGUGA